CAUGGCGGCCGCAGCUGCUGUCCGGUCGAGCAUGGGGCUGACUUUGAGACUUUCUCGAGUUAUACCGGACUGUAGCACAUGUCCCCUGUACAGGAUACAGAACUGUGUGAACAGCGUGGCUAAUCUACAGAGGAUGGGUUCCUAUGAUAGCUUCCGCACGAUAAACAGACAUUUGCAGACGAGUAUAGGUCUUUACCAGAAUGAGGAGGGCAGCGCCAAUGCAGAGGACCCCGAGGAUGUGGUGAAUGUGGUGUAUGUAGAUCGAUCUGGCCAGAGGAUCCCAGUCAAGGCCAAAGUGGGAGAUAAUGCUAUGUAUUUGGCUCACAAGCAUGGAAUUGACCUGGAAGGAGCCUGUGAGGCAUCGUUGGCCUGCUCAACAUGUCAUGUCUAUGUGAACGCUGACUAUUUUGACAAACUGCCUGAACCUCUUGAGCGGGAGGAUGACAUGCUGGACAUGGCUGCCAUGCUUCAGGAGAACUCCCGGCUGGGAUGCCAGAUCAUUCUCACUCCAGAGCUGGAUGGCAUUGAGCUUACCUUGCCCAAAGUCACCAGGAACUUCUAUGUUGAUGGUCAUGUUCCCAAACCUCACUGAGAAGUGGUAUAAAUGGUAAAGAGGGGGGCUGGAGAAAAAUGAGAGGGUGUUGCUGUGAGCUAGACACCACGUGUGCUGGUUGAGUGAGGGGGCGACCAUGAAGAGAUGCACGGCUAGCAUAGUAAAGUCCGUAGCAACUCCCAAGAUGUUUUGCUGACUGAAAAAUUCCACAGAUAACCAAUGACAUGACAGGCCUGCAGAUGAGAUCACGCAUAGACAGACACUGUGGUUCUCACUGAAGGUGAAAUUAAUGGUUACAUCCCAUAAAAAACUGUGAUGGUUUAAUUGAUAAUGUAUUUAUUUAUGUGGAGUGUUCUCAGGCCAGAAUUAAGACACCAUUCAAUCUCACAACUGUUCUUUGUUAAAACAGAAGGGGUUUUAAGAGACAUUUCAAGAGUGUCAUACAUUGCAGAGCAAUUUUUAACAAAGUCCAUCUUUGUGCCGUUGAAUGGAACAUUCCUUGUUACAGCUCAUAUACGCACAAGUAUCACAAGAUGAUGUUCUUACUCUUUUCGGCCAGUCCAUCAUUUUCACCCUGAUUCACUAGUCAGAUAUUAUAUGCAGAGCAUUUACUUUCAUUUUUAUGUACCAAGUUCAUUUGUAGGUGUUGCGAUGACUUAUCAUUAAGAACCAGCUGACUAUAGUUAGCCCAUGUCAUAAACCUCAAAAUAGUUUUCUUCUGCGUGGUACUGAAGCCAGAUAUAGAAGAAGCCAUACAGUAUAUUAUAAUGGUUAUCUGAAAGGCAGAAGUCACCUGAAGUUUAAGGGUGGUCUCUUAACAAAUCAUAUUUCAGACUGUUGAAACUUGCAUUAUAUUCACACGUUGAACAUUUCAAAAGAUAUUCAGGUGAAUCGAUCCUUUUCACAGCAGAUGUUUUGAGUUGUCAAAGCACAGGUGGAAUUAAUAACUUUAAUGAUGGCUGCAUUCCAUUUAGGUGAGUCAGUCCCAGGGUUCUGAUAUUGUGCAUUCUCACUCACUGACAUGGUUUUACUGGGUCACUUUAUGGAAUGGAACCAUCGUUUGUCAUUUUUUACACCUACACUUUUUGUGCCUUGACAAGUCAGUGUCUGCUGCCAAGAUGGUCUAUUUUGUUUUAAAUGUCUAAUAGAAAAUGCAUGUUAAAGCACUUCCUGUCUGGUGCCAGUGAUUAUGGCUUAAUUAGGUGAUCUGGUUCAGGUGUGCUUGGAUCCAGAUCAGGAUGGAGGUGGAGAUGAGUCAGUUUUGAAGCUGCUGGGCUUCAGUUACCAUGGAAUUAGCUUACCACAUCUACUCUUCACUUGUUAAGUCAACUGUACUUGUCCAACUUACGCACAAAUGUAAGUGAAUUGUGAAUAUUAUGUCUUAGAAAAUACAAAUAUUUAAAGUUGUGCAAUAAAAUCAGUUUUUA